CGAGGGGCGGGGCUGUCACCGCCUGGGCUGUUCCGACGAUCGCGCGCCGCCCCCGCCGCGCCCCGCGCCCGCCCUUGAUAGCAGGCACCUCCCGCCCCCCGCAUUGCUGAUGCUGCUUCUGGCAGACAUGGACGUGGUGAAUCAGCUGGUGGCUGGGGGUCAGUUCCGGGUGGUCAAGGAGCCCCUCGGCUUUGUGAAGGUGCUGCAAUGGGUCUUUGCCAUCUUCGCCUUUGCCACAUGUGGCAGCUACAACGGGGAGCUUCGGCUGAGCGUGGAGUGUGCCAACAAGACUGAGAGUGACCUCAGCAUCAAGGUUGAAUUCGAGUACCCCUUCAGGCUGCACCAAGUGUACUUUGAUGCACCCACCUGCCGAGGGGGCACCACCAAGGUCUUCCUAGUGGGGGACUAUUCCUCAUCAGCUGAAUUCUUUGUCACUGUGGCUGUGUUUGCCUUCCUCUACUCCAUGGGGGCCCUGGCCACCUACAUCUUCCUGCAGAACAAGUACCGAGAGAACAACAAAGGGCCCAUGCUGGACUUUCUGGCUACAGCAGUGUUUGCCUUCAUGUGGCUGGUUAGCUCAUCUGCCUGGGCCAAGGGACUGUCAGAUGUGAAGAUGGCCACAGACCCAGAGAACAUAAUUAAGGAGAUGGGUGUAUGCCGCCAAACAGGGAACACAUGCAAGGAGCUGAGGGACCCUGUGACCUCGGGCCUUAACACCUCAGUGGUUUUCGGCUUCCUGAACCUGGUACUCUGGGUCGGCAACCUGUGGUUCGUGUUCAAGGAGACAGGCUGGGCCGCCCCGUUCCUGCGCGCACCUCCUGGCGCCCCCGAAAAGCAGCCAGCACCCGGGGACGCCUACGGAGAUGCCGGCUACGGGCAGGGCCCGGGCGGGUAUGGGCCCCAGGACUCCUACGGGCCCCAGGGUGGCUACCAGCCCGACUACGGGCAGCCAGCCGGCGGCGGUACCGGUGGCUACGGGCCUCAGGGCGACUAUGGCCAGCAAGGAUAUGGCCCGCAGGGUGCGCCCACCUCCUUCUCCAAUCAGAUGUAAUCUGGUCAGUGCAACCCUGGAGGACCCCAUGGGUGGGCAAGAGCUCAAGAGAAGGCCUGCCCCCUUUCCCAUCCCUAUACCCUAGGUCUCCAUCCCUCAAGCCAGGAGACCCUGUCUUUGCUGUUUAUAUAUAUAUAUAUUAUAUAUAAAUAUCUAUUUAUCUGUCUGAGCCCUGCCCUCUCCCACACCCCUCAUGCACUAGGGGCCCAGUCUUGAAUGGGCUCCUCCCUUACCCCUACCUAUUCCCUUGCAUCCCUCAGCCCCUCUCUGUUCCCCGGCCCUGUCCCCUGAGGUUAGGGGGCGCUGGAAAGGGGACAGGGAGGAGACCAGACCUUGGCUGUGUGGGGAGGGUGGGCGUGACUUCAGACUCUCUCCCCUCUCUCCCUCCCCUCCUCCUAACUCUGGCCUAGGUUCCUCCAGCGAUGUCUGAACAGAGGUUAUGAAGGGAAAUUCAACUCCAGGGUGGGAGAAAGGCAGAUUGGAGGCACUUAGGGUAAAGAGGGCAGCUUCACACCCAAGGUGGUCUUGAAGGGAAGCUCUGGAGUGUCCAGAGGCAGGGGGUUGGGUUCCAAACAUACUGGAUCUAGAGCCUAAAGGAAAGGAGUGCCUGAAGUAUUCUGGGCUUAAAAGGGGGCUGUAGGCAUGGCUCUAGAAAGGGGCUUUA